AUGAGAUCUUUGAUGAGAAAUGAAGUUAAUAAAAAAUUGAAUAAUCAACUGAAACAAGUCACAUCCUAAUUAAAUAGAGCAAAAAAAUAAAUUGAAACCCUAAAUGAAAUGAAUAUUAUCUUCAAGAAAAACCCUCCUGAAAAUCCUGAGCUCAUAGACAUGAUCAAAGAAUUAGAAAUCAAUUAUGAAGAAAUGCUAUAAAAAAAAGAUCAAGAAAUCACAAAUCUCAAAAUUAGAAAUUCCUCCUAUGAUUAUAGUCACAGCUAAGAAUUAUCCGAUUAAAAGUCGGAACUCUUAAGAAUGCAAUUAGAAAAUCAAUUUCUAAAUGAAAAAAUAGAUAGUAUUUUGGAAGAAAAUGAAAAAUUGAAAUAAUAAUUAAAGUCAUCGCAUUCUUAACAAUCGAGUAUCAAGAGUUAACCGUAAUAUCGAUUAGUAACAAAGGUUGUUUAAUAGGAACCGUUUAGUGCUUUCACAGAUUACUAGUUUUUAGGAAAAAAUAAUAUACAAAACUCAUAAAAUCGUUCUGAUUCACCUCAACGAACAUCCAAUCAAAAUUCAUAAGAAUUUAUGUAAGCUCUAAAAAAAAUAGAAAAAAUUUAAUAGGAUGGUUAGUUUACACCUGAAAAAGUAUUAUCCUAGAUCAGAUUGAGUGCAACUUUGUUACAUUUGAAAAGAAUGGAACUACCAAAUGAUUUAAAUGAUACCUAUGUUAAAUAUUUGAAUUAAAUUGAGGAAUCUGAUGCUAAAUCUGAAGAUAAAUCAGAUUUGGCAUCCACUGUUAAACCUAAAAAAUUAUUCUCUAAGAAUGAGGAAAAUGACACAUAAUAAAAGUAGAUAAGAUCACAAUCAACAAAAUCAAAUAACUAAAAGCCCCUCUGCUCUAACAAAAAGAAUUAGUUUGUAUAAGUAGAUUUCCUAGAUAAGAAACAAUUAGACAAAACCUAAAAUGACCUUGAAAACUUGUAAAAUGAAUUUCAAUAGUUACAAAAGCAAAUCAAUUAAAAACCUACAAAUGAAUCACAUCAAAAAAAUAUUACUCAAUCCGAUAUCAAAAAUUCAUUAGAAUCAGAUGAACUAUUAAAAUAAUUCUAAAAAGAUAAUAUUUCCAAACUUAAAGAUAGUUUGAAUAGAUAAUCGGAUUAUAGUUUUAAGGAUUUACAAGCAUAAUCAAAUUAAGAUAAAUCAACUAUUUAAUAACUAAAAAGAUAAGUUGAGAACCUAGAAGAGCAACUAUAAUAUUUGAAGGUAUAAAAUCAAAGAUAGUCAUAUUUGAUAAAAUAACUUCAAGAUAAAAAUAAUAAAGAUAGAGAAAAAUCAGAUGAAUUUUAGAUGAUUAUUAAAGAAGAAAAUGAAAAUUUAAAUUCAACCAUCCUUACAUUAUAGAAAGAAUUAAAUAAUCUUAAGAAAGGGUAACUCAAAAUCUGUUAAAAUGAAUCCAUUUAAACAGAGAAUCUAUCAGUAAAAAUUACACAAGAAUCUCAAACAAAUCAAUCUUAAUUUUAAUAAGAUAAAGAUUAAUAAGUAAAUUUAAGUUCUUAGUUUGACAAAUAGAAAAUGAAUGAAUCUGAUUCACAAAAUAUGUUUAUUUAAGAAUUAGACGAAUAAAUAUAAAAAUUAAAAUAAGACAAUUAGGAUUUAUUAGAAAACUCUUAAUAAUAAGAGCUGUUGAAACAAGAAAUAAAUUCAUUAAAGCAGGUAAAUGUAAUAACAAAUUAAGCUAUUUAAGAUCUCUAACUAUAGAAUGAUAAAUUGUAAAAAGAUUUGGACAUCUAUAAAUGUGCAAUAUUAAAUCAGAAUUAAAAUGAAGAUAAUUAAUUAUGCAUUAAAGUCCAAAAAAUGGAUCAAGAAAUUUAAAUGAGUUAGAAGGAAAUUGAAAUAAAGAAAAAUAAUUAAGAAAUGCCAUUAGAAUUAUAAGAACAAAUAAAUUUAUUACACAAUUUGUUAGAACAAUCUAAAUUAGAAUUAUAAUAAAAAUAAAAUGAUUUGGAUUAGUUGUAAUGCGAUUUUGAAAAUCUUACUAAAGAGCAUAAUCAAUUAUAAUAGAAAAAUGAUGAUUUAUAACAAAUAUUCAAAGAACAGGAGAGUGAAUAUUAAACAUAAUUAUCAUUAAUCAAAUUAAGAUUAAGUGCUUUAGAAGAAUAAUAAGUGAAAGAACAUUCUAGAUCUAUCAGUAUAUCUGAAAAUGGUGAACAACUAAAGGAAACGAACAAAUAACCAGACUUUAAUUUAGAAGAUAAUAAAAAUAAUGAUUUAGAGAUUUAAAUAAGGAGAUUGCUAGAUGAAAAAGCUGUACUAUAUGAUUAAAUGUAAAAAUAACAAUAGGAUUUCAAAUCACAAAUAAAGAUUUUAAGUGAAGAUUUUGAAUUUUAAAAACUAUAAUUAAAUGAGAAAAUUAAAGAGUUGGAAAGUAAAAUUGUACUCUAUGUAGAUGGUGAUUAAAAAUUAAUGCAAGAAAACUAAAAUUUAGCAAAUUAAGUAUAAAACUUAGCAAGAUAAUAGAAUAAAAUUUAAUCAUAAAAAAAAUUACAAUCUGCAACUUCUUCUCCUAGAGUGUAAAUUGAAAAUUAAUAAUAAAUUCAAAUAAUAAAAGAUUUAGAAAAUGAAAUUAGCUAACUAAGAAAUAAUUAGGAGUAGAUGCAAUUGGAAUCAAACAACAUUAAAGAAUUAUUUAAUUAAUAAUAAAAUGAAAAUUAAGAAUUAAAACAUGAAGUCUUAACAUUAUAAACUGAAAAUUCUUUUGAAAAAUAAGAAAAUCAAAGAUUAAAAUAAUAAAUUAUUAGUAAUAGAGAUUAAUUAUUAAUGUUAAAUAAACAAUUAGAUUUAAAUAAAAAAAAUAAUAAAAAAGAAAUAGAUUAUUUGAAUUCAUAAAUAGAUUAAUAUAAGUUCCAAUUAACUUCUUCAUACUCUAAAAUCUCAUCAAAAAUAACAAAAGAUUAAUCAACAUAAAUAAAUGGUCAAAUAUAUGUGAUCGAUUAAAGUCUUUUGGAUGAGAAGGAAAAUAUCAUUCAUAAUUUAAAAAAAUCACUCUAAUCUAAAGAUCAUGAAUUAGAUUAAACAAUAUAGAAUUUGUUAAUUACUAGAUAAGAAUUAUUUAAGGCAAAUGACUAAUUAUUAAAAUUAAGAACUAUUUUAAGAAGCCAAGAAGGAUUAUAAACUUAAGUUAAUCAAUCAAGAUAGUAUAAUGAUUGUGCACUCUAUCCUCAAAGAUAAAAUAGGAUUAUUUCGAUUAAAGAGAAUACAAGAAUAUCAACAAGCGAAUAGCGUCAUAAGAACCAUUCUUUAGAUAAAUUGGAAAGUGCUUCAUUUUGGAAAAGGAAAUAUGAAGAAGUACUUUAAUAAAGCUAUAUCAAUUCACAAUUUAAUUCAUAAAAUACAUAAUACAAAAUCAAGUUUGAAGAAUUGCAAUUAAAUUGCUAGAGUCAUUUGAAAGACCUUGAAAAUUAGAAAGAUUAAAAUAGAUAAUUAUUAUUAAUGAUAGAAACAAAAUUAAGUAAUAAUAAUAAUAGUAAUUAAUUUAAUAAAUAUGAAUAAGAAAUAUAAACUCAAAGAAAAUAAUUAGAAAAAUUAAAUUUAGAAUUGGAUGACCAAAAGAUUUUAUGUAAAAGAUAUUAGAAAGAAUUUUAAGAUUUAUAAUAAAAGUAAUUAUAAGCUAGACCUGUAUAAAUUGUAGAAACUAAUAAGGAAGAUAUUGAAAAUUAUGUAAAUUAAAUAUUCAAUGCAAAAUAAGAGAAUUUAGAAUUGGUGGAAAUAAAUUAAAACUAAUAAAAUUAAAUUCUAGAUUUAAAAAAAUAAUUGAAAGAGAAUAAUGAUUAAUUGAUAAUUCUAAAAUAAUAAUAUUACCAAUCAACUUAAUUAUUGGAUGAAUUGAAAUUUGCAAACAGCUAGUUAAUCUAAGAGAAUUAAUAAUUAUUAUUGUUUAAAUCAGAUUAAGAAAAAUAAAUAUUAUUAUUAACUAAAUCUGAAUAAGAUCAAUAAUAUAAAUUAAGUUAUUCUAUUAGUCAGAAAAAAUUUGAGAGAUCUAAAGACUUCAAUUUUAAUAGGUCAGAAAUUAUGCAUAACUUAGAUGUUAUUAGAUAAGAACUAAAAGUUUACUAGUCAAAAUGUUAAAUCUAAGAAUUUGAGAUUAGUUAAUUAAAACUAUAAUUGUAAUAACCUAUUCCAUAACAAAAACUAAUUAGCCCGAACAAAUAUAAAGAAUAAUAUGAAUAUUUGAAUGAAAUAUUAAAAGAAUUAGAAAUCACAAAAUUGCAAAAUGAAAAUUUAAGAAAAUAAAACACAGAACUCUUUGAUUAUUAAUCCAAAUUAAUAUAUGAAAAUGACAAUCUCAAAAGACUCAAUAUCAACAGUCCAUUAAGUAGUCCAAGAAUAUAAUACCAAAGUAGAAAUUCAUAAUAAAGAGAUGAAAGAAUAACUCAAAAUGAAAAUUUAAAUUAAUAAAUUGAUUAAUUAUAUUAACGAAUAAAUACAGCAAGAAUUUCAGAAAUAGAAGAUUUAAAACAUGAAUUAGACAUUCUGAAAAGAUAAGUCUUAUCUUCGAGUACUUAAGUAAAAGAAGCAGAAUCUUUGAGUUUGUAGGCAAGAGUACUAACACUUGAGAAUUAAUUAUAAUCAUCCUAAAAUUAAAUUGAAAAUUUAAAGGAAAUAAUUUAAGAGAACUAAGAGCUAAAACAACAAAUUAGAUCAUUGAAAGAAUCAAAUUAAAAAAUCUAACAAAUGUUUACCAAUAAUUAAAAGAUUUAGUAAUCAGAUUUAUCUCAAACUGAAAGGUUAAAUAGAGAAUUGUCAGAAAAAAUUAGUGAAUUAACAUAAUUAAAAAUUAAAUAUAAAUAGGCAUUAACAAUAAUGCAGAAAAUGGAAAAUAGAUAAAUGUAAUGA